GUCUAAUUUUGCUCUUAUGUGUACACUCCUGGUUUGUGCUAUUUAUAGGUCAAGUCUUGUGACUGUGACAAGCCAAUAAAAUUGCAGCUUUAUGUUUAACACCUUAUUUCUGAAUCAAGUUUUUAUCUUCAUGAAUAAAAGUUCAGUUGUAGCAUAAUUACAGGUAGCCCAGGUAAUUUUAUUUGGAGUAUGAUAGUCUUGGUGAUCAACUAAUUUCUUUAUGACAGUUUUACAGGACAGCAAUACAUUUUAGAAGUAUAUUUCUACAUUGGGAAUUAAUAUACUAUAUUUACUUCAGCAUUGACAUCUUAAGAUAUUGGCAGAAAAUUUUUGUGUGACUUACAAAUUCAAAUUUCCAAAUGGAUGAACAAAAAUUUGGAGGUAAAUAAAUUUCUUUCACAGAUAUUCCUCGUUUAUUUUAUAGUCAUAAUAAAUCAAGUGAAGCUUUUCUAACUAUUUUAUUGAUAAAAGUUUCAGUACAACAAGCCUUAUUCCAAAUAAAUAAAGUGAAGUAUUAAUUUGAAAGGUCCUGAUCCUCACUUUUUAAAUGUGUAUUUUAAUUUUUUCAAAAUUAGAAUAAAGACCAGCACAAUUCAAAUUAAAACAUCGCUUGUAACUUGUAACAGAAUUAAAGUCUGAAAGGUUUGAUUUAAAUCUUUUUUAAAAGUUUUUAAUUUCUUUUAAUUAUAAUAUUUUUAUAACUUACAGCCAACUCAAGCCAAACUGCAGAAAUGACGAGUGAUUUGCUAGCGCCUCCACCAUAUUCUGAGGCACCGCAAGAGUACACAGAAUAUGCAUCAGGAGGGUACGUUAACAUUAUGUACACCAACCAACCUUAUCAACAAAACUAUGGAUCAGUCCACACACAGACCAGUCCCAGACAGACACUCCCUGAAAUUCCAUCAGACCAGAAAUUUCCUAUUGAUGACCAGCAACCAGUUGGGACCCAAGAACUAUUUCAAACACAGCAACAUGAACCACCCGGUUACUACCAUGCCCAGCCACCUGCAGCAGAAGGCUACAUGCAACCACCCUCUCUCAGUAGGAAUCUGUUAACUGGACUUCCACCAUUGGUGAGACCCAGCUUUAUCCAACCCCAUCAAACGCAAGUUGUUGAGAGCAUAAAAGUUGGGAGGAGAAAAACAUUAUCUCAUGUCACAGACUUGGAGACAGGCAAGGAGUAUGACGUCAUGAAGAAAGUGAGCAGAACUGGAAGACGCAGCAAAGAGGUUAUAAAGGAAGUUGGCGGCCCAACAACAAUUGUCAAACAGACACCAUCAAGGACCAUAAUCCGACACAAGUGAAGAAAAAUACCACCACUGAGCACAUGUUAAAAUAAAUCUAAGGUUUUCAUCUGAAUCAAGUGAGCAAUACAUGUCGGUUCGUCCACAAGUAAACAUGAACAAAUUGUGAACCGACCAUUUAAAAAUGAGAAAAAUUGAACUGUAUUAAAAUUUAUUUUUUAAAACUUUUUUUAAGGAACUAUGGUCAUGCUAAUUUACAGCAAGGUUAUACCUCGAAUACUCAUUUAAGACUAGACAUCAAAUCAAUAUUUCUGAAAUUAUUUCAUCUAGGCUUGAACAAGAAGAUUUAAAAUUUUUUUUUGCUAAUUUCAACUAUGACAAUUUUAAAAUGAUUACAAUUUAGAUCUUGAACUUCAAAGCUGGAAAUUAAGAGAUUUAUUGCAUGCAUUAGCAUAUAGAUGCUUGAAGGGAAUGGUUCAUUACUGAAUUCAGGAAACAAAUGUCAAUACAUCAAUGUGGGAGAUUUUACGUUUACUGGCCUGCAGGCAUAUUCAUGGCAUUGUGAAUUUCCAUAUUUUUAAUAAGAUAUGAUACAGGCCAGUGCUAGAUAAUCUACUAACACCAGCUAAUCUACCAGCAUUGCUAUACAAACAAGUGCUUUUUAUCAUGAUAAAAUAAAUAUUGAGGCAGUCUAUGUCAAUGGACCAAAUGUGUCUGUUUAUAAAGUGGGUAGACUAGGAAUUUUAAUCAGUAAGGAAUUUUUAAAGAGCAUUAAGUUAGAUGAUAAAUAUGUGACCACAAAAUAAACACUCACUUCAGAAUAUUAAAGUUGGACCUACUUUAUUUGAUGUGUCAUAGAUUAAAAUUUUUGAGUGCAGGCUCGUUUAAUUUAUUUAAGCCUUAAUAGAAAAAUAUUUUGAAUUAUAAUAAUUUAUUUCAUCAUAUUUUAGUUGAGGAGGGUCAAUUUAUUAUUCCUUCAUACUCAGUUGUAAACUUUCACCUUUUUUUACUUCUUAUAACGUACAUAGUAUAAGGUAAUGACUGUGUACUUAAUAUCAAAUCCAUCAAUAUAUUUUUAAAUAAACACACAAGACAUGAGAGUAAGCCAUUCAAUGUAUGGUUGUGUUGAAAUAAAUACAAAUGCCAUUUUUAAUAUGUUUCUGGUCUUAAUUAUGUGUGUCACAGCAUAUGUUUUCUGUUGUAAAUAGUCAUAAAUAACAAAGGG